AUGAGUAACGGUAGGAGGUUGAACAUUAUUGAUUCAAAAUGGAUUUUCAAACGAAAACUCGAGGCUAACGGACAACUGAGAUUCAAGGCUCGUCUGCUAGACGUUAAAACAGCAUUUCUGAACGGUGUUAUUGACGAGGAGAUCUUCAUGGAGAUUGCGGAUGGAACUCCACAUACCUAUGAAGAAAGGAAGAGUCUCGUAUGUAAAUUAGAACGAGCUCUUUAUGGUUUACGAAUCAGUCCUAAACGAUGGAAUGUUAAAUUCACCGAGAUUGCUCUCAGCAUGGGACUAGAGAAUUCUGAUGUGGAACCAUCGCAUCCUCAGAGAACUCCUAUGGAAACUCAUCAAGUUUCCAAUAACAAAAGAAAGAGGAGAGAAAGCGAUGCUGACGACGAGAUAUUGACUAAGACUGAAACGACAGAGAACAUUCCUUAUCGAGAGGCAAUUGGAAGUCUUCUGUAUUUGGCUGGUGCCACAAGACCAGACAUUUCAUAUACAGUGAAGGUUUUGAGUGGGCAUCAGAUUAAUCCAACUGAUGCUGAUUGCGCAAUGGAACAAAUUGAUUACGUAGGCCACACCAAUCUAAAUGACGAAGCAUUACUAAAGAGUUAA